AUGGCUAAGAAUCGUUCGGGCUUGAUACCAAUCCUAAUCGCUUGUUUUACACUAUGUGUGCUCCUACAGAGAGCAAGGGCUGACUUUUUACAGAGUGGGUUGAAUUUAAUCACUGGAGGAAACUCAGCCAACGGAGAAAGCAAUGCACUGAGAGAUAACGCUCUUCCUUACUUCUUCAAUAUGCUUUCUAAGACUAGUUUCAAGGAGUUCCCAUUUGAAGGAGGGAGGUUAACUAACAUCAACGUGCAGGUGAUCCCACCACAGAAUUUCGAUAAAGUCAAUGUGGAUGUUCUCUCAGAUACCCUCUUCUUUAAGAUCGGUGGAAUGGGUGCCAAAAUUGGCGCUGAUUUUGAAGUCACGAUUAAAAAGAGACCUGCCACAGGCCAUAUCGAUAUCGACAUCACAGACCUUGGAGUAGACCUCAAGCUCAGAAACCAAAAUGGAGAAGGUCUAGGUGAUAGAAAAGUUGGCGCUGAUAUCAAACUCGACCUCGAACACACGCAUUCUGAUAUCAAAUUGACAACAGAAGGAAACGUUGAAGAAAUUAAAAAUUACCUGAUUGGAUUAGUAACUGAUGAAGUUAAGAGCAGUCUUGCCCCAGACUGGGCCAAGAGCAUCAAGUUCUGGAAUGCUGCUAAGAAUCACGGCCCAAUUCAUCAUGCAAUGAAGAGAAGGACUCAGGAGGUAAUCGAUCAAUACUACAAGAGCUUGGAAAUCGAUGACAAAGUAAAUACUUUGGAUACAGACCUAGCCUAUAAAGUUGGAAAACCAAACAGAAUCCAAGAUUUUGGAACUUAUGUUCUUUCGAAACCUUCCAACACCUUAUCGAUUAAAGAGAGACUGAAUAGGAAAGGUAAUAAGCUCUUCAGCAGUAGGUCCAUAGGAAAGUCAUCAGGUCUAAGGAAGGGUCUACUCAGCGAAGCUGGCCACAUUGACAGUCAUACAAAUCUACCAGUGAUGGAAUAUUCUGUGACUCCAGAAAGCUAUACUAAAUUCUUCUUGAAAUCUUCUUCUGAUCAACCAGUUUUGAGCAAGGAUAUGAUCAGGAAUCUUCUUAAGAAAGACUCUGGUAUUAACAAUAAAGUUGAAAACUACUUUGGAGGGAAAGUAAGAUUCAACUGCACUCCUAAGAAUGUUGAUCCAUUGCUCAAAUCAAGCGAUCAAGAUAGUAUUGUUGGAACUUUCACCUUGAACUGUGCACUUCAGAGUGAUAGCAAGCAAGAGCCACUUUACAACAUGGAGUUAGAUCUCGAAUUCACCAUCCAUCCUGAUGCAAAAUCUGAGAAUGGAUCUAAUCCUGAAUUCGGAGAUUUUGUCUCAGUUAAUGCAGAAGGCAAUGAAAAAGGAGAUUUGAAGACAAGCAUCCAAAUAAGUGAUCAACCUCCGCAAGAAUUAAUGAUGUUUGACCCAAUGGAAAUGUGGGGUGAUCUCUUCGGCAUGCUCGAGCAAGAGCAACAAUGGGGCUUAUAA